AUGGCCGCCCAAGAAAAGAACCAGGUUGAGCUAGAAAAGUCCAAACAACUAGCUAAUGUGCCUCAUUGCGAACAAUAUGAACGAAUGAUCUCGGGCAUGCUCUAUGAUUCGCUCAUCCCGAUACUCACAAAUGCCCGUCUAAAUGCUCGGAAACACAUGCAUCAAUACAACAACUGGUUCCCAGAAGGCGACGACUUGAACAUCGAAAACGUUACUAAAACACGCGCUGCCAUGCUCAAGUCCUUCCUUGGACACAUAGCAGACGAUGAUAUCUUCAUAGAGCCCCCAUUUAGAAUCGACUAUGGCCCGAAUAUGUCCGUUGGCAAGCGCUUCUACGCCAACUUCAACUUAACCGUCCUGGACUCGGCUAUAAUAACCAUCGGCGACCGGGUCAUGAUUGGUCCCAACGUUAUGAUCUCGACAGCGACACAUGAAACGGAAGUGGCCAGCCGCAGGCAGGAAAUUGAAUACGCAUACCCAAUCAAUAUUGGCGACGACUGUUGGAUUGGUGGUGGGGUCACCAUUCUCCCGGGCGUGACGAUCGGUGAGGGCUGUACCAUCGGAGCGGGAUCUAUCGUGACUCGCGACAUUCCUGCAUGGAGCGUGGCUGUGGGCUCUCCUGCCAGGGUGGUGAAGAAAGUCCAAGCACUGGACAAGCCUGAGAAUUAA